UGGUAUUGUUACACAACUGGAAGAUCUGAAUACUUCCUGCUCCACUGCUUUGUCAGUGAACGACCCGUCAGGAAGUUUGACCAUUCGAGGACACCGUAAACGUGACCGAAUCCAGCCUACUGGCGACGAAAGAGAUUCGCCGCCAAACGUUCUUCCAUUAUGGAGAGAGAGGCCCUCUCAGCACUGUGUACCCCUGCUCUGGUGGUGGAUGUGGACCAAGUGAAAAGAAAUUCCCAGAGGAUGAUCGAUCGCUGUCAGAAGCUGGGAGUCCAACUUCGACCUCACAUGAAGACCCACAAAACCCUUGAGUGUGCUGACAUAAUGACCGGUGGGUCACGGAGAUGCAUCGUGGUUUCCACACUGGCAGAGGCCUGUUUCUAUGCAGACCAUGGAUUUGAUGACAUCCUCUAUGCGUACUCUCUUCCCUUUGACAAGGUGGAGCGCUGUGCAGCCCUGUCAGAAAGGCUGGAUCUCUUCCAGGUUUUGGUGGAUCAUCCUCAGGCUCUUGAGCAGCUCAAAAAGAGACCGCUGAGAGAUGGUCGGCUGUGGCACGUCUGGAUGAAACUUGACUGUGGCAAUGGGAGAGCUGGUGUCCUGCACUCAGACCCUGAGGCGCUCAGACUGGCUCAGGCCAUCACCCAGACGGAGGGUGUGGAGCUAAUAGGAGUGUACGCUCACUGUGGGAACACCUAUAACUGUAGAGGAGUGGAGCAAAUACAGACUGUUGCCCAGGAAACCACCAGCUUGACUCUCAAGUUUAUGGACAAACUGAAGGCUGUCGGCAUCACGUGUAAAUCCAGCAUUGGUUCCACCCCUUCCUGUAGUCAACCCAUCAAAGACAUGGCGCAGCUCAAUGAGGUGCAUCCUGGAAACUAUGCCUUCUAUGACGUACAGCAGUCUAUGAUUGGCUCGUGCAGUCUGGAGGAUAUAGCUGUGAAGGUUUUGACGAGAGUCAUUGGACACUGCCCCCACAGGAACCAGCUCCUUAUCGACUGUGGAUGGUCUGGACUGAGUCUAGACGGAGCUGGAAAACUUCCCACUGGAUAUGCUGUGAUCGAAGGACACCCGAACCUCAAGUUGUUGUCUAUGACCCAGGAGCAUGGUAGAGUGGAGCCCAUCUCAGGACCGCUGGACUACAGCAAAUACCCCCUGGGCUCUAUGCUCACACUGAUCCCCUACCAUUCCUGUGCAACUGCAGCGAUGCAUCCCGUGUACCAUGUGCACUCUGAGGGCCGUCUGGUGGGGAAGUGGACACCGACACGCGGAUGGUGAUCAGGUGUCCUGCUCAAUGUAAACAUUAAAUGAACUCUAGAAGAAGGACUCACUGUCACUUGUAGUUGAUUGAGUUGAGCAGUAGUGAACUGCUGUGUUCAUAUAUUAUAACAUUCAUUAUUAAUAUUCAUGAUUUAUAAGUAAAUGAAAACUUCAGGACUUUGUUGUCUCAAAAUUUCAUUAAUAAUAUCUUUCAGUGUUUUGAAAUGAGUCUGUAUGUGAAUGAAAAUGAGCCUAUGUGCAAAGACCAAGACAGCAACAAAUGUUUUCCUUUCGGUAUGUGGGCACUGACUGGAGGCUGAAAACAAAAAAUAGUCGAGUAUUCAGCUUCAGUUAGAUUAUUUUUAUGUGCCAAGUUGAUGCUGCAAAGUGCAUGUGGCUGCUGCAGUUUCUUUAAAGAGCAUGUGUUGAGAUUCCUGUCCUCCUGACUUAAAAAAACUAAAACUUUUUGCAAAAACUAUGUUGCCUACAUAUCUUUAUUUUAACCUACAUCUUUCAGAAGUGUUCCUUUUCCUGUUCUUGUUUUGUAUACAAUCUACAGUUUUAGUAUGUCUCUAAAUGUAACCGCAUAUAUACACGAUAUCAAGAGUUGUUUUUAACAAGUAGUUUUUUCUGAGUAAAUGA